AUGGAGUGUUGGAAUUCGGUUGAUGGGGUGGUUGGAGAGAUAAUGAGGAUUCAUAGAUCCUUACCGGUGAGGCCUGGGAUUGAUGAAGUUGAAGCAGCGAAAGGUUUGGUUAUGAAUGUUGAGAAAGAUGACCAGAUUAAGUUGGAAUCUAUAGAGAAACAAAGGAAGGGAAAUGAUGUGUCUGAUGAGCUUUUCAUGAUUUUGCAAGAGAUGCAGAGGAAUUUUGUGUUUUUUCAGAGUAAUGAACAGAAGAGGGAGGCUUUGAAGCUUCUUGAUCUUGAGAAUGUUCAUUUUCUGUUUGAUGAAUUGAUUCAGAGAGCUUCUGAUUGUGUUUCGUCUCCGAGUGGGACUUCCACUACCGCUUCGAAUUCGAGGAAAGUUGCUUACUCUAAUGGUUCUGCUUCCGCGGUUUCCACGAAUUUAUCGAAGAUUUCGGCUUCUGGUUAUGGUUCUCGAGGUGGGUUUGAGAAGCAGGUGCCUUCGAUUGCUGCUGCUUCUACCUUGGUUCAUGUGGAGAGAGAAGUUUCUGCAAAGGCUUCUGAAUUGUUCACAAGAGAUGAUAGUUAUGUGAGCAAGUCCAAGUCUACAUUCUAUCCCAACGGGUAUGGAAUUGAACCAAAUUUUGCAUCCAACAAACCUCAAAUAAUGGAUUCAUCGUUAAAAUCCACAACUGCUGCAGAUGGUGAUAAGUUGAGUUUGAUCAAACUUGCUGGCGUAAUUGAGGUUUCUGCAAAGAAAGGAACUCGAGAUCUCAAGCUCCAGGGAAAGCUGAUGGACCAAGUUGAUUGGCUACCUGAUUCGAUAGGAAAGUUAUCUAGUUUGGUUACCCUUGAUUUAUCAGAGAAUAGGAUUGUGGCUAUACCUUCUACAAUUGGAGGCCUUUCAUCAUUGACCAAAUUGGACUUGCAUUCCAAUAGGAUCGCAGAGAUUCCUGAUUCUGUUGGAAAUCUCUUAAGUCUGGUGUAUCUAAAUCUGAGGGGAAACCAGUUAACAACCUUACCUGUGUCUUUGAGCAAAUUGAUACGUCUCGAAGAGCUUGAUUUGAGUUCAAAUCUAAUUUCAGUGCUUCCUGACACUAUAGGGUCACUUGUUAACCUUAAAGUGUUGAAUGUGGAAACUAAUGAUAUAGAAGAAAUUCCACAUACUAUUGGUAAUUGUUCUUCCCUUAGAGAGCUUCAAGCUGACUAUAAUCGGCUUAAAGCCCUACCAGAAGCUGUAGGGAAGAUUGAGAGUUUAGAGAUUUUGUCUGUGCGGUACAACAACGUCAAACAACUACCAACAACAAUGUCAUCUUUGAUAAACCUGAAGGAACUUAACGUGAGUUUCAAUGAACUCGAGUCCGUUCCCGAGAGCUUAUGUUUCGCUACCUCCCUUGUCAAGAUGAACAUAGGAAACAACUUUGCUGACAUGAGAUACUUACCAAGAUCUAUCGGGAACCUUGAAAUGCUCGAGGAAUUGGAUAUCAGCAAUAAUCAGAUACGGGUUCUUCCCGACUCAUUUAAGAUGCUUACAAAACUACGUAUCUUGCGUAUUGAAGAAAAUCCUCUUGAAUUUCCACCAAGAGAAAUAGCUGAGAAGGGAGCACAGGCCGUUGUUCAGUACAUGGCUGAUUUUGUGGAGAAGAGGGAAAAGAAAGAUGUUAAACCACUACCAAUUAAGCAGAAAAAGACCUGGGCUCAGAUCUGCUUCUUUUCAAGGUCUAACAAAAGAAAGCGCGAUGGAGUUGAUUAUGUGAAAGCUUGA